AAUUCAAGGGAAGGAGGGCAAAGGUGCCUUCUGUAGACCCUCCUGCUCCCCCACCCCACCCCCACCUCACAGAUGCAGUAGCAGCUGCAGGUGAGCAAUGGCAGGCGCUGGCGAGCGCAAAGGCAAGAAGGAUGACAAUGGCAUCGGCACAGCCAUUGAUUUUGUGCUCUCCAAUGCCCGGCUGGUGCUGGGGGUGGGCGGAGCGGCCAUGCUGGGCAUCGCUACGCUGGCGGUUAAGCGGAUGUACGAUAGGGCAAUCAGUGCCCCUACCAGCCCCACCCGCCUGGGCCAUUCGGGAAAAAGGAGCUGGGAAGAACCAGCCUGGAUGGGCUCCCCCCGACUGCUGAACAAGGACAUGAAGACAGGCCUGAGCCGGUCCCUGCAGACCCUUCCCACAGACUCCUCGGCCUUUGACACAGAUACAUUCUGCCCACCCCAGCCCAAGCCACUGGCCAGGAAGGGCCAGGUAGACUUGAAGAAGUCACGGCUCCGCAUGUCCCUGCAGGAGAAACUUCUUUCCUACUACCGGAACCGGGCUGCCAUCCCUGCUGGUGAGCAGGCUCGGGCCAAGCAAGCUGCCGUGGACAUAUGUGCUGAGCUCCGGGGCUUCCUGCGGGCCAAGUUGCCUGACAUGCCACUUCGGGACAUGUACCUGAGUGGCAGCCUCUAUGAUGACCUGCAGGUGGUGACAGCCGACCACAUCCAACUCAUUGUGCCCCUUGUUCUGGAGCAGAACCUGUGGUCGUGUAUUCCUGGCGAGGACACCAUCAUGAAUGUCCCUGGCUUCUUCCUGGUUCGCCGUGAGAACCCAGAGUACUUUCCUCGUGGUAGUAGUUACUGGGACCGCUGUGUAGUAGGGGGCUACCUCUCCCCAAAGACAGUGGCAGACACAUUUGAGAAGGUAGUGGCUGGCUCCAUCAAUUGGCCGGCCAUAGGGUCUCUCUUGGACUAUGUGAUCCGCCCGGCACCCCCCCCAGAGGCUUUGACUCUGGAAGUGCAAUAUGAGCGUGACAAACAUCUUGUCAUUGACUUCUUGCCAUCAGUGACUCUCGGUGACACUGUCUUGGUGGCCAGACCACACCGGCUAGCCCAGUAUGACAACCUGUGGCGGCUGAGCCUGCGUCCUGCUGAGACGGCGCGCCUGUGGGCUUUGGACCAGGCCGACUCGGGCUGCCGAUCUCUGUGCCUCAAGAUCCUCAAGGCCAUAUGCAAGUCCACUCCAGCUCUGGGCCACCUCACUGCCAGCCAGCUCACGAAUGUCAUCCUCCACUUGGCCCAGGAGGAGGCUGACUGGUCUCCAGAUAUGCUGGCCGAUCGGUUCCUGCAGGCCUUGAGGGGACUCAUCAGGUACCUAGAGGCCGGAGUCCUGCCCAGCGCCCUAAACCCCAAGGUGAACUUAUUUGCUGAGCUCACCCCUGAAGAAAUAGACGAAUUGGGAUACACUCUCUAUUGCUCAUUAUCUGAGCCAGAGGUGCUGCUGCAGACGUAGGGCAGGUGAGGGCCAAAGGGGUGCUGGGCAGUCAGGCCCUGGAUUCUCUGUUAGAAUCACGGCUCUAGAGAUGGUGCCUCACAGGGUCCCUAGGUGCCUCCUGUCCUGCUGUCCACCGCCCUGGUCACUUCAUGCUGAUUAGAAUGACAUCUUUUAAAUCUCCUAUUUUCUCAAACCCAACCCUUUCUAUUUUUGUUACCAAACACUGUGCUUCCUCCUCCUCCUUUACCCCUCGCUCCAGGCUAGUUUUGCUGGAAUGAAUUGACCAGGUGGAGCACUGGCCUGAGCUGUUGAAAACACUUGGUGUUUUGCAUGUGGCCCAGGUUUUCUGCUCCUGUCUGUCCCGCCUUGCCCUUUGGCCUGCUUCUCUUCCGUGUCUUCUCUACCUUUUCCUAUUGUUCAUGCCUUGUUUUGUUCCUUUCCCUGGAGCACACCUGCCUAAUCAAGAUGUUGCCUUUAGUUGAAUAUCACUCACCUUAUUGCAUGUUUCCAAGCUGACCUCUGCAGAGCGCUCAGACAGUAUUUAGGGUUUCUGGGGGUACAGUGACCUUGGAUUCAGGUUCCUGGAAAAGCAGCCCAUUCCCUCAACCUCCUGACCAACUCCUAGCCCUAGUGCUGAGAGGUCUCUCAUGGGAACACGGUCAUUGACCCACACAGAGUGGGGGCUCAAGAUAAACUGAUGCAAUGUUAUUUGGAGAGUGUGUUUUUUAGUGGCCACCAGUGAGCGUGCAGAAUGGGGGAACCGGAGGUGGCCUGGGAGAGGAUCUGUGUACUUGAUGUCUCCAGCUCAUGUGGCUGGUCCAGACCAACACCACCUGUGUGCAGGAGUCAGAGGAAGACGAGGAGGGAGGGCGCUGCAAGGGCAGCACCUCUGCAUGAGCGCGUUCGUUCACCCCUUCCUUGCCUCCUUGUCCUUUAGGAUGAGGCCUUCAAGAACACAACCUUAGCCCUAGAGGUUGAAGGGAGGUGGACAGGCAGCAGGAUGUCAGCUGGAAGACCCAGUCCUCAGUUGUGGCUCAGUAACCAUGUUUCUCCCCCAUCAGGCCUGUCUUUCUAGGAUGUUGUCUUAGAGCAAGAACAGUCCUAACAGUCCGCCAUAGUAAUGUGAGAGGGCUGUUUGCGGAACUCUCCAGGCACCUCCAGAGGCCAAAGGGCACCCAAACAUGCUCAGACCUCUCCCCUAUCCCCCACCUCACCCCAGUUCUGUCUCUCUCUCACCCAGCACCUGGGGAGAUUGGUGCUACCUAGGAAGAGUGCACACGGAUAAAACACAUAUGAAGGAGGUGGGGACUUCCUACGCUCCUUGUUUCCCGCUGCUACAAUUGCACUAUUUAUUGCAAUGUAAAAAGUAUCCUGAGGGUGGGGAGGAGUGUUUAAUACACAAUGCCAGUGCA